UAAAUUAUUAUAUAUUAAAUAAUUAUGAUUGGUUAUUUCUCCUAAAACCAAUAUAAACAACCAAUCACAUCAUCGCUUUAAGGUAAAUAUUAUUAUUAUUAUUCCUAUGAGGGUUAGAAAAAGCGAGAAAGGAAAUAAAGUAAUGACAACAACAAAGUCUUAACCCUCAAAUUUUUGCAAUAAAAAAUUUCUGAUCCAUCGAUUGAUGGGCGUUUAUGUGUUAUCACUAAUUGAAUUUAAUUAAUAUAUAAAAUAAAAAUGCAGUCACCAACAAGAAAUUCUGAUAGUGUUACAAUAAAUAAAGAUCUUGAUGUUGAACCAAAAAAUAUAAUUAAAAGUCGUGAAGCACUCUACAGAUUAAUUAUAAGUCAAUUAUUUUAUGAUGGACACCAGGCACUAGCUGUACAAUUAUCAAGUAUGACACAAGCAGAUCCACCAUGUCCACCAUCUGAUCGUUUACUCCAUUUAAUGCUAUUGGGAAUAGCAAAUGAGCCUGAUCGUGCUAAAAAAGAAAUAACAAAUAAUAAUAGUAAUAGUAAUAAUAGUAAUAAUAGUAACAAUAAUAAUAGUAACAACAACAACAACAGCAACAAUAAUAGUAAUAAUAUUAAUUCAAUACAAUCAUUGACAAAUAUUGAUACAUUACUUGGUCCUGGUAUGGAUCUUGAAUAUGAAUCUGAUACACAACCACAAGCACCAGAACCAGCUCAAUAUGAAACAGCAUAUGUUACAUCACAUAAAGGUAAUUGUCGUGCUGGUGCAUUUUCACCAGAUGGACAAUUAAUAGCAACUGGUUCAGUUGAUGCAUCAAUUAAAAUACUUGAUGUUGAUAGAAUGCUUGCAAAAUCAGCACCAGAUGAAAUGACACCUGGUGAUCAAGCUGGUGGACAUCCAGUAAUACGUACAUUAUAUGAUCAUCUUGAAGAAGUAACAUGUCUUGAAUUUCAUCCAAAAGAACCAAUUUUAGUAUCAGGAAGUCGUGAUUUUUCAAUUAAAUUAUUUGAUUAUAGUAAAGCAAGUGUUAAAAAAGCAUUUAGAACAAUAACUGAUGCUGAUCAAAUACGUUGUUUAUCAUUUCAUCCAUCUGGUGAUUAUCUUGUUGUUGGUACAAAUCAUCCAGUUGUUAGAUUAUAUGAUGUUAAUACUGCACAAUGUUUUGUUUGUAGUAUACCAAGUCAUCAACAUACUGCUGGUAUAACAAGUAUAAGAUAUUCACCAGAUGCUAAAAUAUAUGCAUCUGCUGGUAAAGAUGGUAAUAUUAAAUUAUGGGAUGGUGUAUCAAAUAGAUGUGUCAAUACAUUUGUCAAGGCACAUGAUGGAUAUGAAAUUUGUUCAGUUGCAUUUACAAGAAAUGGAAAGUAUUUAUUGUCAUCUGGAAAAGAUUCCAAUAUUAAAUUGUGGGAACUUUCAACUAGCAGAUGUUUAAUUGCUUAUACUGGAGCUGGAACAACUGGAAAACAAGAACACAAAGCACAAGCUGUUUUUAAUCAUACUGAAGAUUAUGUUAUGUUUCCUGAUGAAGCAACAACAUCUUUAUGUGCAUGGAAUUCACGUAAUGCACAAAGAAAAUCACUUCUUUCACUUGGUCACAAUGGACCUGUUCGACUUAUUGUACAUUCACCAGUUGCACCAGCAUUUCUCACAUGUAGUGAUGAUUUUCGUGCUCGUUUUUGGUACAGAAGAAUGCCAACACAUUGA